ACCGUGAAAGCAGGUGGCACGCUUUGUAGUUUCCUACAUUUUGGAGGCUUUUCUUUCACCGGUACUGUGUAUGUUGUUAAACUCGAAACAUCAAUAGUGGAGAUGAGGGUACUAUUAUUGCAGGAAGAACACUCCCCUACCCACAUUCUACACCUUACUUCUACCUUCUAUCCAAUCUCACUGUACAACCAAACCAGCUGCAACCUCACUUUUCACCUUGUGUUUUCUUGAUAUCACUCAGUGUCUUUCUGGGGCUGAAAAAGUGCCACAACAUUGAUCAAAGGUUGAGAUUGAGGGAGAUUGUGUCUUUAUUUGGGUGGAGUUUGACUUGACCUACAUAGGGGUUUCCAUGACGCCUUGUUGCAAGGAUCACCAGAAAUAAAGGACAAGGAAAGAUGCCGUCUAGUCAUACAUUUGGAUUGGUGUUAUUAUUGUGAUAACAACGUUGGUUGAUUUUCCCCACAGCAAACCCCUUUUGCAUCAUAAGGUGCAUUCAUUUUGUGCCAAAAUUGUCAGAAAUCAUUCUCUUAUUGAGUCAUCAACUACAAGGUCAAAACAGCUGGCAGAGUCCAGCUGUUUUGGUCAGCGUCACUACCAGAAACCCAGUUGCCAUAGCAAUUAUUUCUGUUUUGCCAAUCCAGGAUCAUUGAUAUCUCAUAUUUGGUCAAUCGAUUGAGGAGGCAAUUCUGAAAGAGGCAGUGCAGUAUUUUCCUCUUGUAUUCUGUGAUUGCUUUUGAUAUAGGAUAUGGCUGUUCAUACACCUGCAAGUUCAUGUUUUGGAGCAAAGUAUCAGGCUCUAGCACCAUUGAGAAUUUUAAGGGGUCUGGUGUGUCUUCUGGUUCUGCUUUCAACAGCAUUUAUAAUGCUAGUGUUCUUUGGCUUUAUAAGUGCUGUUAUAGUUCGACUUUUUAGUGUCCGUUACAGCAGGAGAGCAACUUCCUUUUUCUUUGGUGCCUGGCUUGCCUUGUGGCCCUUUCUGUUUGAAAAGAUCAACAAGACUAAAGUUGUGUUUUCUGGAGAUGAUGUUCCUUCGAGAGAACGGAUCUUACUGAUCGCAAAUCAUAGAACUGAGGUUGAUUGGAUGUAUUUAUGGGACCUUGCCUUGAGGAAGGGAUGCCUUGGAUAUAUAAAAUAUAUACUUAAGAGCAGCUUGAUGAGACUUCCAGUUUUUGGUUGGUCAUUUCACAUACUAGAGUUCAUCCCAGUGGAAAGAAAGUGGGAGGCUGAUGAGUCAAUCAUGCGCCAUAUGCUUUCAACAUUCAAGGAUCCACAAGAUCCUCUCUGGCUUGCUCUUUUCCCAGAAGGCACUGAUUUUACUGACCAAAAGUGCCUUCGGAGUCAAAAGUAUGCUGCUGAACAUGGGUUACCAGUUCUGAAAAAUGUUCUACUUCCGAAGACAAAGGGCUUCUGCGCCUGUUUGCAAGAACUGAGGGAAUCUCUCACUGCAGUUUAUGAUGUUACCAUUGGCUACAAAAACCGCUGCCCAUCUUUCUUGGACAAUGUCUUUGGGGUGGAUCCUUCUGAAGUUCAUAUUCAUAUUCGUUGCAUCCCCAUCGAUACUAUCCCAGUAUCAGAAAGUGAAAUGUCCACUUGGUUGAUAAAUAGAUUCCAGUUGAAGGAUCAGUUGCUUUCCAAUUUUCAAAUCCAAGGUCAGUUUCCUGAUCCAGCAACACAAAGGGACCUCUCUGCUGUGAAGAGUAUUUUAAAUUGUAUGACAAUUGUUGCCGUGACAGGCACAUGCAUGUACUACAGUUUUUCCUCCCUCUGGUUUAAACUUUAUGUGUCUCUAGUAUGUUCUUAUUUGGUUCCAGCCACCUAUUUCAAUAUUCGGCCACAGCCCAUUCAUACCCUUUUGAAGACGAGAUCAAAUUGCCACCUUUCAAAUACAUGAAUAGGUGGAAGGCACUGUCUGUUGUUGUAUGACUUCUGUUACAGUAUACAAGUAUGAAACUUGAUAUUACCAUUACCACGUUUUGGCU